AUGAGGCUGCUCCAUGGAUUGUUUUUUUUCCUAGCGCUCUCCGUUCUGACUGUAACACAAGGAUUGGAAUCGAAAUGUGAGGAUUUGAAAUUACAAAAGGAUUCCGAAAAUGUGUGCUGCAAGAAAUGCAUUCCAGGAAACCAUAUCAUCGAUAACUGUGGUAAAGACCCGAAUGCUUUGUGUGCUCCAUGUGGAAAUGACACCUACAUCUCAGAUACAAGCCAGAAGAACUGUCUCCGGUGUACUCAAUGCAUAGGUGUGAUGCGUGUGAAGGUCAGAUGUUCAGCCAGCAGAGAUACGAUAUGUGAAUGCUCUCAGGGUUUUCGCUGCGGGAAUGAAGAGUGUUCGUUCUGUGUGCAGGAAUGUACCAAAGGACAACAGCCUAAAGACAGGAUGUGUGAACCAUGUCCUCCAGGAACAUACAAUGACCGACUUCAUCAAUCCUGUAUUAAAUGGAGAAAAUGCACACAGCCAGACCACCAAAUUAUUGUUCCUGGAACGGCCGAGUCAAAUGUAGACUGCGGACCUAAAAGACAACCAGACCAAACCACUUCACCAGAUAACACACCAACAGAAACACCAUCAGUUGGAAAACCACUAAUGUCUCCACCUUACAACAGCAGCAUCCUCGAAGAGAGCAGGGUCAUAGCUAUUUUAGUCACUUUCGGGCUCCUCUGUAUAAUGAUACCUUUUUUCACAAUCCUGUACCUGGAGUGGAAAAGAAAGACCCUUGACAAACCCCUGGGUACAAAGAAAGCUCAAACUGCAGAAGAGACUCGGACAGCUCAACCUGAAGAAUGCAGUUUCUGUUUUCCACAGCAGGAACACGGUGCAAGCAGUCAGACGUCCAUGUCCUCGCUGGUCUCAGAAGACAAGGCAAUGCCUUUAGUUGGAUGAAAGUCCUUCAUUCCGUCAUCACUAUUGUGUAGCUGAUCAUUCUUUAACAGGAACAUGAAAUGACAUUUGUAGCUUUUUCAUUGUGACGCUUCAGUAAGUAUUCAAUGAGAAAUAAUUAAAGGGGAAGAUUAUGAAGAUAAGCUUUUAUGUAGAAUAAAAUGAACUAAAGCACAACGAAGUUCAAAACGUGUACAAGUGUAAAGUCUUAACGUUAGCAACUGUUUAGUUAUCUGUGACUACUGUAUGUAAGAUGUGUUGACUAUUUAUUUUAGCGAAUCUUUUUGGAUGAAUGCAGCAUGAUUUAUGUUUAUGACUAGAACUAUGUCGGUUUAUUAUUUGUUUUGUGAUUUGCACAAAUUUUGAUUCAAGACCAACAAAUGAAAAGAGAAAAUGUUUCUUUGUACAUGAAGCAAUGCAUAUUUACUCAUUGGGCGAACAUUCACAACAAAGACGUUGUGCUCUUGAAAAGUCAAGCCUGACUAUUAUGUACAAAUAUUUGAUUCAUUUCUAGUGUACUUUAGAGACAAUGUAAACCAAAUAAAAAGUC